AUGACUCUCGACGCUGUCGAUGCUCUGUUCAUGGAUGAGCUCUUUGCUGACCUCGAUGCCUCUCACUUCUCUAUACCGCCAUCUCAGAGUCCGCCAAAGAAGAAACCCCUCUCACUACCAGCAUCGUCACAGCAACUGCACACAACACCCAAGACGAACGGCACACCUCUUCGCCCACAUGCUGCUCGUGAUAGAUCUCCACCCAAGGACUCGACCCUUUUUCAGUCCCAGCCGUCAGUCGAACGCGACCUUGAGGACCUGUUCAAAGAGCCGCCAUUCUCUCAGGUGCAUCCAGCUCGCCGUGUCGUCUCAGCUUCCGGCAUCAAGCGCCAAAAGAUCGAUCAUGUCGAAGCGACAGCCUGCGAAUCCAUCCACUCGGCCUCCGAUCAGCCAUGCGAGCAGUGUCGGUACACGCGCUGUCGUGUUGUGGCGAUAGUCGAAGGAGAAUACGAGAUCGCUGUAGAUGUGCCUGGUGCCUCGAAGCGUACGCGACCGGAGAAGCUGCUCAUUCUAGAGACGGACAAGCACAGCAAGAACAGCGGACAGGUCGGUCCGAGAGAGGGAACAGUAGGUCAAGCAGCUUCAGGCGACCAAGUCAUCACCUUGCUAGCAUCCUUACGUGAUGACUGGCUCCAGACCAUCGUUUCGGUCGGCAACAUCGUACAUCUUGUCGGCCACUUUGAGAACGAAGCACGGAAGAUACCAAUCGCUCUGGCCCAAUCAAGAGCGCAGUCGGACAGGAAAGCAACACAGGAUUUCAGGUCGUCGCCAAAGAUCGAAGUGACCAUAGAGAGACACGACAGUGCAGCCGACGAACACUCCAAAGUCAACCACAUGGACGAUGACGAUGAUCUCUGGGAUGACUUGGAGUCAAUGCCUUCUUUGUCGCAGUGCGCCACGCAGGAGCUGCUAGCCUCUGAGGAAGCACCUCGAGCAGCUGUGAUGAUCUUUGCCUCAAGAUCUGCUCCGUCGCGGGACCUGACACAGGCCGAUCACGCCCUCGACAACCUGUUGGUUGUUCAUCCCGAUGUUUUGGUUCCAGCGACUAAGGUCGCAGAUGUGGCCUCCUGCAUUCGCAAGCCUGUCGUCCAAGAUCGACUGCGCGGCGCAUCAGAUGUGACCGUCAGCCUCGUCAUGGGCAACAUGCUACACGGGCUGCUGCAAGUCUGUCUGACGGCGUCGACCUUCCAACAGUGCUCAGAGCCAUCACUGCAUCAUGAUCACGAUCCCCCACAUGGUCAAGCUGUCGAAAUCAUUCCAGCCGUCUCUUGCUGGCCGGAACAGUGGCAAGGCAUUGGUGACUUCAGCAGGUCUUUCGUCGAAAGCCAGGUUCAGGAGCAAGUCCGCUCCAACAUCGAAAGCUUGUACGCCACCGAGCUCAGCGCUGACGAAGCAGCAACCCAAUUGCGAGAGAAAGCUGCUCCAUUCGCUCAUUUUGCACGUACCUUCUUGUUCAAAGAGAACGAUGUACCAUUCCAUCCAGAAGCCACCCUGCGCGAGUCUAGCCGAACGGCAGCGGCCACCCAGGCUAAGGUUCGGCUCAGCCGCAUCCUUGACGUGGAAGAAGAGAUCUGGAGUCCUGUCUUCGGCCUCAAGGGCAAAGUCGACGUGUCUGUCGAGUGCGACAUCCUCGAGGGCGCUGACUCUCAUCCGUCGAACCAGAACAUACCAUCCUCAAAGCAAGCGUUCUCACGAGGUAAGCGAAAGCACGCGGCAAGCGAGGGACAGAACCAGCGCAUUACGACGUCGGUGGUGCCGCUCGAGCUUAAGACAGGUCGAGCUGAGGUCAUCUCGACAGAGCACCGUGCUCAAACCAUGCUUUACACGCUGAUGAUGUCUGAUCGCUACGGCGUUACAGUGAGUGACGGGUUGUUGUACUACUCCAAAUCCGGAGAGCUACAUCGCAUCAGUCGGAGCAGGAACGAGGUGCGUAGUCUCAUCAUCGGCCGCAACGAGCUUGCCCACUACCUCCGUCACGACACGGAUCGACUUCGGAAAGCCAAGUUCGAGGAGCCGGAGGCAGAAUCAGCACCUGUGCUGCCACCCACGAUCGACAGUGAGCACAAAUGUCGAAGGUGCUAUGCGGUCGAUGGCUGCAUGCUCUUUCGCCGGGCCAUCGAGGAUGUCGUUGAGCCAUCCGACGUCGCUGUUGCCGAUAUUGAAAGCAAAGGUAUGCAGAAAGCAGGCAAGGUAUUGCUGCCAAGGAGGACGCCUAUCGCUGACGUCUAUGAGCAAAAGACCGAGCAUCUCAACGAUGUCCAUCUGGACUUCUUUCGCAAGUGGGAUCGCUUGCUCAAUCUCGAGGAAGAAGAUGCUGUACGCUUUCGCAUGGAGAUGUGGACCAUGACAGCCGAACAACGCGAAAAGGUCGGUCGAUGUUUCGGCAACAUGCGUCUCGAGAUUGUCCCGGACACUUCCUCGCCUGGUCCCUCCGGCUCGAUGCGGAAGGUCGUGCAUCGCUUUGUUCGUCACCAUGACCCAACUCAGGAAGCGGAAGCCGGCUUACUCUCCGGUCACAUCACUGUCAAUGACCCUGUCACAAUCUCGAUCGAGCCAGACAUGCUCUCAGUCGCCCAAGGCUUCGUGGCCAAGCUCACGCCAACGGCGGUUGAGAUCGGACUAGACCACUCGCUUGAUGCGGCUUUGCGAAGAGCUUGGGAGAAGAGUCGUCACAGAAGACAGGCACAGUCUUUCGACCUAGCGUCUGCAGCAGAAGCGACCGUCUUCCGCAUCGACAAGGACGAGCUUGGAAGCGGAAUGGGCCGCAUCCGAGCGAAUCUCGCUUCCCUCUUCUUGUUGCCACAAAAAGGUGGAGAUAUUAAGCGUCGUGAGUUGGUUGUUGAGAUGCGACCCCCACGGUUUCUUCAGCCAGCUCAGUACGAGGAUGCAUUCUCUGCACCCACUCCGCAGAUGUCCGUACGCGAUGUUGUCGCUCAAGUGAAAGCGGAUCCAAGUGUCAACGAAGAUCAGAAGCUGGCCAUUGACAAGGUUCUCUCGGCUCAGGACUAUGCUCUGGCCCUUGGUAUGCCGGGAACAGGAAAGACCACGACGAUUGCCAAGCUUAUUGAGUUGCUCGUCAAGCUGGGUAAGCGGAUCCUGUUGACUAGCUACACUCAUUCCGCUGUGGACACAAUCCUACGCAAGCUCGCUGAAGAUCAAAUAAAGACAGAAGGCGGCAGGCAAAGUGAGAUGCGGAUUUUGAGACUCGGCAACAAGGACAAGGUACACCCUGAUGCCAGACAGUUCUUGCUUCCGCGUUGUACAACUCUCGAAGAGCUCAAGGAUGCUUUCGAGUCUCCAAACGUCGUCGCUGCAACCUGUCUCAGUGUCCACCACACCUUCUUCUCUUCGGGUCUGGCGAAGCUCCGUGGCCGCGCCGACACGGACGACACAUCAGUUCCUGCCUACCUCUUUGACUACUGCAUCGUCGACGAGGCUUCGCAGAUCCCACUGCCGACAUGCUUGGGUCCGCUCAGGUUCGCAGACAAAUUUGUCCUGGUCGGAGACCAUCAUCAGCUGCCACCGCUUGUCAAGAAUGCAGAGGCGAAAGCAGGCGGACUGGACAUGUCUCUGUUCAAGCUGCUCUCCGAUCGACAUGGAGCAGAAGCGAUGGUGGCGUUGAGGUCACAGUACAGGAUGAACGACGACAUCAUGAAGCUCUCGAACGAGCUUGUGUAUCGAGGUGAGCUCAGGGCAGGUACCGAUAGUGUCAGGGAUCGAGUGCUCGAGUUGCCCAACUUCCAAGCAGCGCUGAACUAUGUUGGGGAAGAUGCAUGGCUGCAGGACAUGCUGCGGCCGGAAAGCAAGGUUCGGUUCUUGGACACGUCCAAGCGACUAUUGGAGCAAGUCGGAGAGAGCAAGCAUGGCGAACUUGUCAAGAACCAGUUCGAAGCAGAGCUCGUCGUCCGUUUAGCUUGGGCACUAGUCGCAGGCGGAUGCAAGCCAGAUCAGAUUGCUGUCGUCACGCCUUAUCGUCAGCAGAUCAAGCUUUUGCGGACUCUGCUUCUCACACAGAGCCAGACGCAACUGACACAAGCAAGGGGAGAGGAUCUCGGAGAGAUAGAGCUGCUUACGGCGGACCAGAGUCAAGGAAGAGACAAAGAUGUCAUCCUCGUCACUUUCACUCGGGCAAACUUCAGCACCGCUAUGGAUGCUGCUGGCAACACAGGCGAGCUGCUCAACGACCUGCGCAGACUCAACGUGACACUGACGAGGGCCAAAAAGAAGCUGGUGAUGAUCGGACAUAGUGCCACGCUCAAGAGUUCAACAGUGAUCAAGCCGCUCCUAAGCUUACUUGAGCGAGAGGGUUGGAUCACAGAGAUUUGA